AAUAGAACAAAUGUAAAACAAACCAUUGGAUUGGAUUUGUAUUGGAUGCAAAAACUUGAAUUAUUCUUUUAGGAAAUACUGUAACAGAUGUAAAACUUUCACAAGAGAAACCCCAGGAACAAAAUUUAUCCCACUAGAAUAGACAAAUUUAAUUGAUUCAUUGAAACUCUCAGAGCCUGAUCUAACCGGAAGUGGACAUAGUACCACAGAUAGUAUUGGAAGUAAAGCCCAAGAUUAGGCCGUCUUUCAUUAAGCUCUCUUUUUGGAGAAUUUAACACAGAGCAAGCAAGAAACGGUUAACAAAAACUUCAAUUUUAUGAAAACUUGUACAAUAUGUAGAACAGAAAAUUAUUUUUAUCAAUCCAAAUGUAAACAAUGUGGAUUUAAAAUUGCUUUAUGA